AUAAGGAGCGGGAAAAGAUGUUGGUUUGGCCUGGCAAAGUUCCUGGUGUGUCGUCUCCACUCUCUUUGGGAACUUUCGUCAAACAGGUUACCACCUCAAUAGCGACAAGGUUUCGACCUCACAGAAUCGCCACUAAAACCCUAACUACCACCCAAGUCCUUAACUCCUCUUAUUUCGAAACCCUAAAUCCUCUCCAGAAGCAACAAAUUUCUCUCUACGUCGAUGCUCUUCUUCAAUGGAACCAGAAAAUGAAUCUGACUGCUGUUACGAAGGUAGAUGAGGUCAUGGAAAGGCACGUUGGUGACUCGCUUGCGAUGAUACCUCCCAUACAGAGCUCUUAUAUCGCGCAUUGUGACAGUUCAUGCAAUAAUAUUAGCCUUGUGGAUGUGGGAAGCGGUCCGGGGCUUCCUGGUUUAAUCUUAGCUAUAGCCUGUCCCAGUUGGAAAAUAACACUUUUGGAAUCUAUGAACAAGCGUUGCAUUUUCUUGGAGCAUGCAGUCAGUUUAACUGGUUUGUCAAAUGUGCAAGUUGUAAGAGGGAGAGCAGAGAAUUUGGGACAAAACAUUGGCUUCAGAGAAGUAUUUGAUGUAGCAGUAGCCAGAGCAGUCGCAGAAAUGAGGAUUUUAGCUGAGUACUGUCUUCCUCUAGUUCGUGUGGGUGGUUUGUUUCUAGCUGCGAAAGGUCAUGAUCCUCAAGAAGAAGUUAGAAAUGCAGAAAGAGCAAUUCAAUUGAUGGGUGCAUCUGUCUUACAACUAUGCUCAGUGGAAUCACACAGCCCAUUUGGACAGCGAACCGCAAUCGUAUGUUUAAAAGAUUGCCCCACCCCAAGGAAGUAUCCCCGUGAUCCAGGUACACCAGUGAAAUCACCACUGUAAAUUACUCCAAUGCCAACUUUUUGAAUCUUUUUCUUUUUAAUUUGUCAUUGUAACUUGUAACUUUAUAAGAAGGAAAAGAAGAUCCCUCGUGAAGCGCAUAUGAAUUGACCUGUUUGUUCUUCUUUUGUACAUUUCACAUUUAGUUACUUUUUUUUUGUAAUCCUCUUUCUGGAGGUUGGGUGUGUGGGAAGUUGGAUCCUGUGGGAUAAACUUGGUUUUGCCACAAGAUAAUAAAUUGUUAUAUAUCCUUGGUAGC